AUGAACAGGCUGCUGCUGCUGCUGCUGCAGUUGCUGCUGCUGCUGCAGCUGCUGCUGUGGCUGCAGGUGCUGCUGCAGCUGCUGCUCUUGCCGCUUCUUCUGGAGUCUCCGCCAUGCUUGUAUGGCACCCUCUAUUCGCGAGUCCAAGACUGCGUUGGGGAGCAGCAGAAGCAGCAGCAGCAGCAGCAACAGCAGCAGCAGCAGCAAGACAGGCAGCAGCAGCAGCAGCAGCGGCAGAAGCGAGACCAGCAGCAGCGGAGCCCCGACGGGCAGACACAGAGCCAGCAGCAGCACAGCAGCAGCUUGCUGCAGUCGCGGGCCGUCGUAAGACAUUCGCUGGAUCUUCUGGGAAUCGGCGCUGCUGCUGCUUGUGCUGUUGCUGCUGCUGCUGCUGCAGCAGAGCCACGACCACGAACAGCAGCACCAACAGCAGCGGCAGCAGCAAGGCAGAAGCUGCCGGCAGGCUUUCCGCUGCAAAUUCGCUUGGCAUUCCGUCCGAGAGAGCAGCAGCAGCAGCAGCAGCAGCAGCACCAGCACCAGCAGGGGUGGAGGCCCGCAAAGCACGCUGCAGCAGUCACAGCAGCAGAUGCAGCAGCAGCAGCAAGAGCUGCUGAGAGCCGUGUUAAGGCCUUCCUGGGUGCUGCUGCUGCUGCUGCUACUGCCACGGCUGCACUGGCCGCUGUUGUGAGUGUUGCAGCAGAACGCAAGAGGCAGCAGCAGCAGCAGCUGCUGCUGCUGCUGCCCCAUUUGCUGCGUUCUCUCGCUGCUGGGGGCCCUCUGCUGCUGCUGCGCUCUCCCUACAUCGAAGCAGCUCGAGUGUACAGACAGCCCCCGCUGUCGGAGCUGCUCGCGCUUGUGUGCUUGCUGUCUGACUUGUUAGUCCAGCAACAGCAGCAGCAACAGAGGAAGCAGCAGCAGAGGCGGGGCAGCAGCAGCAGUGCUGGUGACUCGCAGUUUCCAGCUGAUGACGGGGAUGGUUUGUUCGCUGCUGCUGCUGCUGCAGGGGCAGCAGCGCCUGCUGCUACUGA